GGAAAGCCAAUGGCCCUGCAUCCUGCUGCUUGACUUUCCAUCUUGAACGCUCCACCGUUAACCCGCCAAUCCGAAAGUGCGAUCGCGCGCUUCAAAGCUCGUCCCUUUUUCAAGAUUUCGGGCGCACCAUCCUGCCCUUCCGACAGCAGGCGAAGGAACAGAGCUUUGUCCGAACUCUCAUGGGGUCCGUUUUCAUUAUUUUCAUGCACCAGAGAGUAAAGACCAAGAGCAAGAUGAGCACCUAACCAGAAUAAACGCCAUCACAAGAACCCACCUACCCGGGAGUCCUACAUUUGUGCUGGUCAUAUCCACCUAAAUGAGCUCCCCAUUAAAGACUCUCAACCACCACUUCCUGAAACCCAUCCAAGCCUGUCGCUCAUGCCACCCAUUUUCUUCUUCUUCUUCUUCAUUAUUUAAGGCGUGGGCGCUAUCUCAUCGUUUUCAUCGGUACCCUGGUUUGUCCCAGUCUCGCUUUGCCUCAACAUCACAUUCCCGUUCAUUUAUGGAGGUAGUCAAAGCAGCUAUCAAGCAGGGAUCUACAGCUCGUGAUAGCAUUGCCAUUAGAGCUGACCAGAAGAGCUACAGUUACUUACAACUCAUAUCAUCUGCAUUUGAUAUCUCUAAACUGUUGUGUAGCGAGGAUUUGAAAACUAUUGAUGGUCUAAGGAGAAAUGGCUGUCUUAAUGGGGCUCGAAUUGGAGUUGUGGCUAGACCUUCAGCAGAAUUUGUUGCUGGAGUGCUUGGAACUUGGCUUAGCGGAGGUGUGGCAGUUCCACUGGCACUCAGCUACCCUGAAGCUGAGCUCUUGCAUGUGCUAAAUGAUUCGGAUGUUUCUAUGAUAUUGAGUACUGAGGAUCACCACAAUUUGAUGCAAAGUGUUGCUGCUAAAACUGCUGCCAAGUGUUCUCUCAUUCCUCCUGUAGACAGUUCAUCUAAAGCAAGCACACAUGAGACUUUCCAGGAAAAUUUUCAGUCUCAUGAGCGAGAAGGUGCUUUAGCAGUUAGAAUUAAUUGCUUUCAUUGUAUGUUCAGUAAUAUGGGUGGUUUUUUUUAUACGAACUCUGUUGUGCACAAUGGUUCAGGUGAGGAUCCAGCUUUAAUUGUAUAUACAAGUGGUACAACAGGAAAACCUAAAGGAGUUGUACAUACACACAAAAGCAUCUCCGCACAGGUCAAAACUUUGGCGGAAGCAUGGGAAUAUACAUCAACAGAUCAGUUUCUGCAUUGUCUACCUCUACAUCACGUUCAUGGACUCUUCAACGGUUUACUUGCACCUCUCUAUGCUGGCUCCUCGGUUGAAUUUAUGCCAAAAUUCAGUGUGAGGGGAAUUUGGCAGAGAUGGCUGGAAUCAUAUCCGGAUGGCAGUAAAGCUGCAGAUGCUAUAACAGUGUUUACCGGGGUCCCAACUAUGUACACCCGCUUGAUACAAGGUUAUGAAGCUAUGGACCCAGAUUUACAAGCUCAGUCUGCUUCAGCUGCGAGCCAUUUGCGUCUUAUGAUGUGUGGUUCCUCUGCAUUACCAUAUCCAGUCAUGCAACAAUGGGAAACUAUUACAGGACAUCGCCUUUUGGAGCGCUACGGCAUGACUGAGUUUGUCAUGGCAAUAUCUAAUCCUUUGAAAGGCAUUCGAAAGGGAGGCACUGUUGGCAAACCUUUUCCUGGAGUAGAGGUCAAGAUCAUUGCAGAAGAUGAAAUUGGAAAUGAAACACCUGGUGCAGGUGAGCUAUGUGUCAGAAGCCCUUCAUUGUUCAGGGAAUACUGGAAGCUCCCUCAGGUAACUAAGGAAUCAUUCAUCGAUGGUGGAUAUUUUAAAACUGGAGAUGCUGUUAGAGUGGAUGAAGAUGGGUAUUAUAUCAUUUUGGGACGAACCAGCGCAGAUAUUAUGAAGGUUGGAGGAUACAAAUUAUCAGCAUUAGAAAUUGAAGCAGUUCUUUUGGAGCAUCCUGUCAUAGCAGAGUGCUGUGUGUUGGGUGUACCGGACAAAGAUUAUGGAGAAGCUGUAUGUGCAAUAAUUGUGCCAGAGGCAGAACUGAAGCAGAACAGUGGGGAAGAAUUGAAGCCUGCUUUAACACUGAAUGAACUUACUACGUGGGCAAAGGAUAAACUUGCACCAUACAAGCUGCCAACCAAAAUGUUCCUGUGGGACUCCCUUCCUCGCAAUGCAAUGGGAAAGGUGAAUAAAAAGGAGUUGAAGAAGAAGCUGGCCGCUGAAGGACAAUCAGCUUCUGUUGCUCAACAUCCAGCAUGACACCAGGAAGACUAACUGGGCGACAAGGGCAUAAUGCAUGUUGAAUUAUCGAAGAAGAUGGCUGGAGAUACAUUAUCGCAGCACCGCUGCACAGAGUUUUAGGAGAUGAUUUUUUGUUUUGCUUUUGAAGUUCUUGUAAUUUUCAUCGUUGGAUUUUGAUGUUGCAUAGCUAAUGUCCUGAGACCGCUUUGCACAAGAGAAAAAACUUCGUUAUGCUAUGAUUAAAUCAUCUACAAUAAGAUGAUUCUUUUGGUAAAUUUGCGACACUUGAUACA